AUGACUGAGCUGCUGAGACUUCAGGAGAACAAUCAGCUCCCGUCAUCAGUGUCUGGUGAAGACAUGAUGAAGCUGAUUGAGGAUCAGUGCAAAAGCUCGCUGAGAGUGCAGAACUGGCAGCGUCAGCUGGAGGAAUACAAAGACCCUGAGUUCCUCCCACAGCUCAAUCUGUACAAUCUGGUCUGGGAGGUGAGCAACAGUUUGAAGAAGAGGGACAUUGAGUUUGAGGCACGACAGUUCCUCAAGUCCCGAAAGACCAGGCCUCCUCACUUCAGUAAUCCCGUGAUCAUCAGAUUGGCUCAGGAAUACUCCAGCAUCCUGAAGGAGCAGCAGAAGCAGCCCCUCACCUCCAAACGCCUGGGCCCACUAGAGGUGGUGCUUGAGGUGGCGCCUAAGGUCCUUCAGGGCUUCUGGCUGCCUCCUGAAGACACCUGCCUGAACAUGCCGUCCCAGCACCUCAGUGUUCUGGCUGUUAGCCUGACCAAAGCAGUUGAUGACAAGGUCUCCAAACUUCUGCCCUCACUGCUCCGUGAAGUCAGCUUCAGCCGCUCCACCAGGGACAAACUGGUCCAGUCGAUCCAGGACAAUGUUAGAACCAGCUUCACUCCCGCUGUCCUGAUGGAGAAAAUCAGCUGCUUUGCAGUAGAUUUGAUGAAUUGCAUCUCUACCAUUGCAUCAAAUAAAAUCUGUGAGCUGUUUCAGCCACAGAUUUCAACAAAGGAGCCAAACACUGUUGCUCAAGAGGUGAAGAAGGAGCCUCAUCAGGAGUCAGCAUUCACUCCUCCUCCACCAGCUCCUCCUGUGACUCCUCCUGCUGAGCCUGCUGUGGUCCUGGGGGGUGAGGGUCUCUCUCAAGUACCCACCAUCCCACCAGAUACUGUGACUCCUGUCAUAGACAACAUGAAGACAACAAAGGAGAAAUCCAACGCCCCCAAAGGCAUCUACAAGCCCAUCAAGGAAUUGUUUCAAACGCCCAUUUAUGAGGUUUCCCAGCAGUGCUGCUGGCAAACCGACUCCUACAUUGUCGAGACUGCAGUUAUGACUGAGCUGCUGAGACUUCAGGAGAACAAUCAGCUCCCGUCAUCAGUGUCUGGUGAAGACAUGAUGAAGCUGAUCGAGGAUCGGUGCAAAAGCUCGAGAAUGCAGUAUUGGGAGUUUCAGCUGGAGCCAUACUAUAACCCUGAGUUCCUCCCUCAGCUCAAUCUGUAUAAUCUGGUCUGGGAGGUGAGCAACAGUUUGAGGAAGAGGGACAUUGAGUUUGAGGCACGACAGUUCCUCAAAUCUCCAAAGACCAGGCCUCCUAAAUUCAGAGAUCCCGGCAUCAUCAGUUUUGCUCAGGAGUUCUCCAGCAUCCUGAAGGAGCAGCAGAAGCAGCCCCUCACCUCCAAACGCCUGGGCCCACUAGAGGUGGUGCUGGAGGUGGCGCCUAAGGUCCUUCAGGGCUUCUGGCUGCCUCCUGAAGACACCUGCCUGAACAUGCCGUCCCAGCACCUCAGUGUUCUGGCUGUUAGCCUGACCCAAGCAGUUGAUGACAAGGUCUCCAAAAUUCUGCCCUCACUGCUCCUUGAAGUCAGCUUCACUCGCUCCACCAGGGACAAACUGGUCAAGUCGAUCCAGGACAGUGUUAGACGGAUCUUCACUCCCCCCAGCCUGAUGGAGAAGAUCAGCUGCUUUGCAGUAGAUUUGAUGAAUUCCAUCACCACCAUUGCAUCAAAUAAAAUCUGUGAGCUGUUUCAGCCACAGAUUUCAACAAAGGAGCCAAACACUGUUGCUCAAGAGGUGAAGAAGGAGCCUCAUCAGGAGUCAGCAUUCACUCCUCCACCACCAGCUUCUCCUACAACAUGA